AUGGAAUGGGCGGUCCGAAUCGCCAGACGGAAAGCUUACUAUAUUCAGGGCGGAUCGCGCUCAAUAAUCGAGUCAUUAAACAAGUAUAAUGAGGCGAUAUCUGAGGGCCAAGAAAAGAUCAAUACCGUGUGUCAAAGAAGCUUAGUUUGGCUUGAUAAUGAAAUGCAUAGAUUCUAUCAGAAGAAGGAAUUGAGUGGUCAAAAUGACAGAAUUUCAGGCGAGCAAGGUCGUAAGAGUGAGAUUGGUUUAGAACUCCACAGACAGGAUGAUAUAACAGAUACAAAAACAAGGUCACCAGCAGGUCCUAGUGUUUUUGAAAACGGUAAUAGGACACACGAAAGUGCAGUUCCCGAAUCGAACGCCGUUGAAGAAGAAAUUGAUAUAAAUGGUAGGCGGACACAGUCUCCUGUUACAGAAUAUGACGUUGUGGAUGAGAAAGGCGACGACAACGACGACAGGAAAUGUGAUGAAACCAAAGAAAAUCUGGAAAAUUAUAGUACAAGACCCUCUGAAAACCCCUGGUCUCCAUAUAAAAAGUCAGAAUCGACUUAUGCCGGUACAGAAAAUGGCUCUCGCAGUGGGACGCAUUCUACUGGAAACGUUGAAUCAAAAUAUCGCGAAAAUGUUAAAUCUCAACAGCUGCAGACAACUAGUCGACAGGAGUCCCCACAACCCCAUGAGUCUGAAAAAGGCGGACAGUCUAAAGAUGUCGCGAAUCCUACCCUGAGCAAACCGGUACCUGGUUAUGGUACUGAUCGGUCUCGAGGCAAUACACAAAUAACUACUACCAAAUCUCAACGACGACCUGAUAUGUUUGUACCUCUCCCGAGCAAAGAUCCCUUGGUUGUGUUUCAUAAGAAUAGGGAAUCAAUUACAAUUGACACUAAUCCUCUCGAGGCUGGAACUCGAAGGAUAUCGGCAACUAAUUUGCAUUUCAAAACCAGUCCAUCUCUUCCCAAGGCAAAAGCUGCACAAACUUCACCACGAUCCAAUGUUUUUGAUAGAUUGACUUCUACUUCGACAAAAUCAUUCGAGAAAAAGGCUAGAUCUCGAAGUCCAAGGCGAGAUAUUCAAUUAAAAGUUGACCAUUCUCGAGGCAGCACUAAUACCUUGAACCGCCGAAGUCCUGCUAAAUCUAUCGAUGAUUCUAAUCAAGAAAUUCAGGAAACUCUGAAGACCAUUUUCAGCACAGAGAUCCCCAAACUGUCAAUUCCGACUUCUAAGUUGACCGAAAACUCAGAGAAAUCUCAUAGAGUAAGACAAGAUGGUAAGAGAACUUCCUUGAUUCCUAAAUUGAGUGGUAAAACCAUGGUUGGGUCUCCACUUUUACAUCGGAACAAGUCUCCGAGAUCCAAAUUGGUCUUGAGCAGCCCUGAUCAUUUUAAAACUUUACCGGCUCAUCACUUUGUCGGUGAAAGUCCUGCUAACCCGCGAAAGACCGCGACAAAACCUUUAUCCACCUUCCGCUCGAGAGAAUCAAUUUUCGAAAGAAAGGUUUCAUUCGAUAACGGGUCGGAUAAUUUUGUGGGUGCCGACAAGCAUUCCAUUUCUAGGAUCCAAAAGGACUUGAAAACAUCUGCGAAAGAUCGGGAGAAAAGAAACUUUGCACACUCAUUGACUGCGGACACCCCAUUGCAAGAAAGCGAUUCGAACCCCACAGGCACACAAGUGAGGAAAAGAAUUAAAGUGUCGAACGAUAGGCUGACUAAAUUCCAGCUACUUCCGCAGGGUCCCAGUGAAAAACAGGACGUGAAGAAGAAGCUAGACAAAAGAUUAUCUGAAGUAAUGAGAACUCAAAAGGAGCUACAAAAGAGGAAGCAAGAACAGCGGCUGCAAAGGCGUAAAUCACAAAUUGAGCAUGACGUCAAAAAGCGCAGAACGAAAAUUCUUAGUGGCUCCACUCGCACAAAUCGCUUACUGACACAAGUCGGUGCCCAGAACGACAACGUAGCACCUUUCGUGAACGGAGGUGUUUUUCUGCAUGAUGUUAACACAACAGAUCAUAGGGAAUUCAUUAACCAUAGCAUGAAUGAAGAUUUUGCCGGCGAUGACCUGACAUUACCAGAGAUACUUUCAGACUCCGAUGCUGAAGACAUCCAAGUUCUGGCCUCUUGGGCUGAGAACCCACAACUUUGCGAGCAGCUUUUAGCGCAACAAAAUUGGAAGCCGGAGUCGAUAUUCGGUCCCAUACCACCACUUCAUAUCGAUGAAAUCUUCCAGAUUUCAAGGCUUUCUAAACUCAAAUCACGCCAAUCUACUAACCAGGCAAGCCCAGGACAUUUUGGAGAGGUCAGAAAGCUUUAA